AUGUCACUUAUAUUUAAUUUACUAUUUAUACUUAUUUUGAGCCAGGCUGUUAGUCAGGAAACUGAGUUCCUACAGCUAAAAUAUCUUAACAAUAUUGUGCGUUCGAUGAUUAAACUGCAUAAGAUGGAAACACUUGUGAUUGUUAAGCAUCAUCUGGAUAACAAUUGUAGCCUUCAAAACUGGAAUGCCCACGGAAUGGGAAUUAUAAGAACCAAUGAUCAGGGAAAACUAAUAAUGAAGGAUACUUUCAACAGCCGCACUUUGGCAAUUAUAUGUAUUGGCCAAAAUUCACACAUCACUCUAUUGAGAAACGUAUUUGAAACUUUUGGGAAAGUGCAACAAAAGAAAAUUAUACUGUGGACGCAAAUGGAACUUAAAGAGAAGUUUUUCCAGGAGAUUUCAAAGAAAUCAAGAGACUUAAAAUUAUUGAAUCUGUUGGUGUUGAAAGCUGUGACAAAAGACAAACUGCUAAUCUAUCGCCUAAAUCCUUUCCCAUCUCCCCACUUUAAGCGAAUCGAAAAUAUUUGGACACCUAAUGACACUCUCUUCAUGGAUACUAAGUUUAAUUUUCAUGGAAUGACGGCUGUUGUCAAGCACGAUUACAACUGGACUAUCCAAAUGGGGAAUAUUAGGAAAUUUCCCAUUUCACGAAUCGAAGACAAAGAAGUCAUUGAAUUCGCACUGAAAUAUAACCUGACUUUGCAGUUUUUCAACGAUGUAGAACGCUUUGACAUCGAGCUAAGAAAACGCAUUAUACUAAAAAGUAAUUCAACUCAGCCCAUAGACUCCGGAAUUCCAAUGGUUUUCUCGUCGCUAUUGAUUGUGGUUCCCUGCGGAAAUUAUUUAAGUAUACAAGAUGUCAUCAAAGUGUCUGGCAUUGAGAAAUGGAUUUUCUACAUUAUAUUAGUCUACGUAAUUUUUGUGCUGAUUGAGAUUACCUUCCUAGGGGUAACCAUUUUGAUUUCCAGACAAUCCAGACAUCAGAUGAUACCCAAUACGCUGGUGAAUCUAUGUGCAUUUAGAGCCAUUUUGGGUCUACCAUUUCCGGAAACCCGAAGAACGAGCCUUUCGCUCCGCCAACUCUUUUUGGCCAUUGCAUUGUUUGGAAUGAUUUUUAGCAUCUUUAUUAACUGCAAACUUAGUUCAAUGCUCACAAACCCGUGUCCUCGACCGCAGGUAAACAAUUUCGAAGAGUUGAAGACUAGUGGCUUGACUGUUGUCAUGGAUCACGAUGCGGAGAAUUUUAUUGAAAAGGAAAUUGGUGUGGAUUUCUUUAACCAAUAUAUGCCGAGAAAAGUAACUUUGACAUUUACAGAGAGAGCAAAGUUAUUGUUUUCUUUGAAAGGCAAUCACGCCUUCACAUUAUUUUCUGAAAGUUUUGCUAUUAUUGAAAGCUACCAGCGAUCCAAAGGACUGCGAGCCCACUGCACCUCAGAGGAUUUAAUUGUCGCCGAACGUGUGCCGAGAAUCUAUAUUUUGGAAAAUAACUCAAUACUGGACAGGCCGCUGAGGAGAUUUAUUAGGCAAAUGCAGGAGUCUGGAAUUACAAAUCACUGGCUAAAGAAUAUUCCAAGUAGCCUUGAAAAGAAUUUAAUGCAAAUCACUAUUCCCUAUGACAGAGAACGUGUACAUCCGCUUUCUAUUGAACACUUGACAUGGUUGUGGUGCAUACUUAUCCUGGGCUAUAGCAUUUCGAUGAUAGUGUUUUUUGUUGAAAUGUCACUUAAAAGAAGGAAGAAAAACCUCGAGAAUCGGGCACCUAAUAUAUGCAUAUGUUAA